GUAGCCCAGAGGCGGCGGCGGCGGCUGCGGAGCCGGUGUGAGGCGGCGGACCGGGCUGUGGGCCCCGGAGGGCGCGGCGAUAUGGAGGUGUCGGGGCUGUCGGCGCCCACCGUGACCGUUUUCAUCAGCAGCUCUCUCAACAGCUUCCGCUCCCAGAAGCGGUACAGUCGCAGCCUCACCAUAGCUGAGUUCAAGUGCAAACUGGAGCUGGUGGUGGGCAGCCCUGCUUCCUGCAUGGAACUGGAGCUGUAUGGAGCUGACGACAAGUUCUACGGCAAGCUGGAUCAGGAGGACGCGCUGCUGGGCUCGUACCCCGUAGACGACGGCUGCCGCAUCCACGUCAUUGACCACAGUGGUGCCCGCCUUGGGGAGUUUGAGGACGUAUCCCAGGUGAAGAAAUACACGAUCUCACAAGAAGCCUAUGACCAGAGGCAAGACUCAGUCCGCUCCUUUCUGAAGCGCAGCAAGCUAGGCCGAUUCAAUGAAGAGGAGCAGGCACAGCGAAAGGCCGAGACCACCCAGCGCCUCACCGAGGAGAAGGCCCAGGCCGAUGCCAUCCCCGUGGGCAGCCGCUGUGAGGUGCGGGCGCCGGGGCAGUCCCCUCGCCGGGGCACCGUCAUGUAUGUAGGACUCACAGAUUUCAAGCCUGGCUACUGGAUCGGCGUCCGCUAUGACGAGCCACUAGGGAAAAACGAUGGCAGUGUGAACGGGAAACGCUACUUUGAAUGCCAGGCCAAGUACGGCGCCUUUGUCAAGCCGUCAGUUGUGACGGUGGGGGACUUCCCCGAGGAAGACUACGGGUUGGAUGAGAUGUGAUGCCCAAGGAGGGGCAUCCGCCUGCUCCAGCUAGCUCGCCUACUUAUUGCCCCUCCCUGUGUGUCCAUGGCCCUCUCCCCCUGACCCCGUUUUUAUUUUAUUCACUUUGCCCUUGCCAUUGACUGUUGAGCUUCGUGUAUUAAAUUUGCUGGAAACCUGG